ACAAAGAGAUUGGCGGGCAUUAAGAUGCGUUACAUUCAUGAAAGAUGCGUGUGUGCUUUGGGUGCGUGAAACGCGAUCAAGCUCGGUGCAUUCGUUUCCGUACAUCCGAUUAUAAGGCCAUACACGCAUCACGGCGGCGGGUGGAGUUCCAUGAUCUCUUCAGUGUGUAGUGUAUGCCAGUCUUUACGAAUUAGCCCGCCAGAAUACAACUCUCUAUAAAAGAGACAAAGGAAAAGUACGAAGCAAACAGUACCGCUUGCCAAGCGCCCACCUCUUAGACUCCGCCCAUCACCACCUUCCAGCCACGCCCACAGUCCUCCACCUUCAGCCACGCCCACCACCAUGCUUUGCUUUUAUCUUCUCCUGGGUAUCUCCCAAGCCCUAGCGGUUAUCAUCCUGAUCCUAGCGGGGUUCUGGACCGGUCACACCCUCGGUGGAUUCGCCUGGGAUGGUACAUCGAAGGAAUUCAAUCUUCACCCACUCCUCAUGAUCCUCGGGUUUAUAUUCCUUUACGGAGAUGCAAUACUGAUGUUCCGUAUCCUCCGAACCGAGAACAAGACGGCUGUGAAAGUGAUCCAUCUUCUGAUGCAAGCUCUUGCCUUGAUUUGUGCGUGCAUCGCACUUAAAGCUGUCUUUACUUUCCACACCGCCAUGGGUUUCCCGCAUCUUUACUCGUUGCAUAGCUGGGUUGGACUGACUGCUUUUAUUCUAUUCUCUCUUCAGUGGAUCGUUGGCUUUGUCUCGUUCUUCUUCCCGAAGCUACGAGAGGAUUUCCGUGCAUCAUAUCUUCCCAUCCACCGGUACUUCGGAGUCGCCAUCUUUGCUACUGCUGUAGCAGCUGCCCUUAUUGGAAUUAAUGAGAAAUUAUUUUUCGUUUACUCUGGAACGGACGGUAAUGAGAAGUACGCCUCUCGCCCGAACGGAGCCUACGUGGGGAACUUCUUAGCCUUCUUCAUUUUGAUCUUCGCCCUCAUCGUUGGCUUCCUCGUUACCCAUCCCAAAUAUCUCCGAGAACAACAACCCAACGAAGAGACCAUGCCCCUGGCGUCAUCAGCAGCCAUGAGACAGUUCCAGUCCACCGACCAGGUCCCCGAAGCCGAGGAGGCGAAGUAGAUUAGACAAAGACCGCGCUUCGAUUUGAUUUGUGUUUAUGGCGCAUGUUUUGCUUCGUUGUCACUGAGUUUCUCGUGCGGAGAACAACUAAUUUUCUGAGUUCUUUGUAUUGCUAUUAACAUCUUGCCCACACUGUCUAAAAAAUUGGUCACAUUAGGCCUACUUUGCAUGAUAGGCAUAACAUUAUUCUGUAUGUUCGGGGGGGGGGGCAACAUUGGCUAGAGUGUUAUAGCUGACAUUAAAAAAAUUAUGUUAACUGGGUUGCUUUCUAACCAUAUCUCUCUUUUGAUGAUCUCCUUUUUCUUUGUGUCUAUACUUUUUGUGGUACUUGAAAAAUCACGGGGCAUCACUUUGCCCCCCCCCCCCCGCCGUAGUGCCACCAUAAAAACAAAGUUUGUUCACCAUAUGUAAGUGAGUGGAUAACAUCAUAUUAUCAGCUCACUUAUGUUUUUCUUCGAUACAUCUUCUUUCAUACCUCUUUGUUUUGAUGAAAUUCUGAACGU